ACGGAGAUAAGAUUGGUUGGUGCGCUCCUCUCAAAGGUAAGUUACUGCGCUCAGUCUAUGGAGGUUGUAGAUGCUCUUAACUUAUAAGUAUGACCACGUUACCCAUGAGAUCAUACCGGUCUAUCAUUUAUAUCACCUUUCUAUGGACCAAGUGGUCGGUCGACACGACCGACGACAAAGGCGGACCACGAACGACGACCGAGGCUCUAGGAGAUAGGAAGAGAGUACUGUAGACGGAUCAUCUUUCUUUCGUCCCACUCUAAGGUGAAAAGUUUGUCGAUCGUAAAGAUCUACGGGGGUCCGAAGGUCCGUUGUUAUUUCAUACUUCGUAUCUCCUGACUCAUAUUAUUACUUCACUCCCAAAAAUCCAACGAUUCAUUCAAGCUGCAAGAGUCUAGAAACUCGUGCAUCUGAUCUAUAUCCGAAGUUAUAUAAGGGUGAAUCUCUAGCCUCGAGGAGACAACGUUGCCAGAUAGCCUUUAACAGUGACUCAUUACCGUGUCUACCCAGUGCUCGCGAUCAUCGACCCUUGACGUUUCUCUGCAUCGCACAGUCACUUACAUACAAUGUCUCCCGCACCUACCCAAACCUCGUCAAAGACAUCCAUUCUUCAUCGAACUCCAUGGAGCCCGCCUGUUGCUGUUUCCGCCGAAGGCGUCUACAUUGACUUGGAAGAUGGCCGGAGGAUCAUUGAUGCUGUUGGUGGUGCUGCCGUCGCUUGCAUUGGCAAUGGUCACCCGGUGGUAAAGAAAGCGAUCAAGGACCAAGUCGAUACAGUAGCGUAUGUGUACAACAUGCAGCUCUCCAACCAACCCGCUGAGGAGCUCGCACGUUACCUAGUCAACACUGGGAAAGGUGCAUUCGAGCUAUGUUCCUUCGUUUCCGGAGGUUCCGAGGCAAUGGAGACCGUGAUCAAACUUGCUCGACAAUACUUCUACGAAAUCGGUCAAACGCAGCGCAUAAACUUCAUUGGUCGUGAACUGUCUUUCCACGGAAACACUCUCGCCACACUUUCCCUCGCGUACCAUCCUGCUCGUCGGGCACCUUACAUCGAUCUUCUGAACACUGAGAGGUUCCAUCAUGUAUCUCCUGCGUACGCAAAAAGAUUCCAACGUCCUGACGAAACCGAGGAGCAGUACGUGGAGCGACUGAGGAAGCAGCUUGAAGAUAAGUUCCUUGAACUUGGACCGGAUACUGUCAUUGGAUGUGAGUCACGUUAUUUUCGACGACCUCCAAUUAUCGAUGCUAUGGUCAUGAUCUUUGUAGUCGUGGCAGAAACCGUCGUUGGUGCGACUACAGGUGUAGUUCCCCCUCCGAAAGGCUACUUCAAGGCUAUGAAGUCCGUCUGUGACAAAUACGGCGCUUUGUUCAUUCUCGAUGAGGUCAUGAGUGGUAUGGGCCGUCUGGGCACGCUACAUGCCUGGGAAACCUAUGGUGAUGGCGUCACACCCGAUCUUCAAGCUGUUGCAAAAGGUCUUGGUGGAGGCUAUGUCUCCAUUGGCGCCGUCCUCAUGUCCAAGCGUGUGGCAGAUGGUAUUCGAGACCAAGCAGGUUUCAUGAAGCAUGGUCACACAUACCAAGCUCACCCUAUCGCAUGUGCCGCCUCGCUCGCCGUCCAAAACGUUGUCACUUCCGAGAAUCUCCUGGAGAACGCUCGCACGCAGGGCGCCUACCUCUCUUCUCUUCUCAGCUCUCGCCUUCGGAGCCCAACCAGUCCACUUGCGCCAUUUGUCUUCGAUGUUCGUGGCUCCGGCGCCUGGUGGGCAGUCGAGUUCGACUUCGACACUCCCUCUCCAGACAAACCUUCUGUUGAUUUCAAGGGAGGUAACUUUGGAACCUUAGUGCAAGCGAAAUGCUUGGAUAAUGGCUUAGUGAUCAUGGGAUUCCACGGCGGUGCAAAUGUGGAGGGAACGAAGGGUGACCAUACGAUGUUCUCGCCGGCGUACAACGUGACGAAGGAGCAGGUCGAGGAGAUUGUGGAUCGAUUCGUUAAGAGUGCAGAAGAGGUGUUGAGCAAAGCUCUUGUCUGAAAACACGAUUUGUUCUACUAAUUAGAUAUAGGGUUACGGUUGUUAGAGAAUAUUGUUGCAAAUGUAAAACUCUAGUAGAUACAGUAACUACCAAUGUAGUAUAGAAUUCGACAAAGCCUCAUCUUAUCAGUCAACGCGUUG